UAUGACAUGUAGGAAAGUCCUUUAAACGCCCUCAGAAAGUCAGAAUAUAUAACGGUUGUAUCAUUGUGUUUCUGUAUUGUUACUGGCAUACAUCUUUGUAUUUAAUCACUGGGAAGGUCACUGUCCCUUUAACAGAGCAGAGAGUUAACAAGCGGCUCCAGUAAGUCUGGGUCUGUGAGGCUCUCAGUGUGUUCAUGACUGGUGAGCUGCAGACUUCAGGGAAGAUUUGUGUGUCAUUGCCAGAUAUACCGCAUUCAUCUCCGAAUAAAUCACCUGAACUAGAAGCUCAGCCUCCGUGAGUCUUUUACAGGAUUCACACCACCAUAGUGUUCACCGCUCUAUUCCGCGCAACUGUAGAGGCCCUAGAACCUCUGUUACAUUGGUCCUUCGAGCCGGAUUAGAGCUACCUCACGGCACUAUGGAUCCUCCUAGUCAGGACACGAAAGAGACAUCUGGUCGUCCCCACAGAGAGCGACAGCCACCACAAAGCCUACGUGACUUCGAGGUGGGCUAUGUUCCUCAACCACAAUGUGUACCUCCAACUGUUCAAGCCCGGUUAAUGAGACGAGGUCCACAUCAGUCAGGAGCAAGCACACAUCGUCGGGAACAUCCGGAUGUCAUUCUAGGGAGGGAACAACCACGUCUGACAGCAAAUGGUCCUCACACCGGUCCUCUUCCAGGUCUGCUUCUAGGUCCAGUGUCAGCUCCAUUCGUUCAUCAGUGGGUGUAUAUCUCCAAAACACUCUGUCACCAGUCCAGGAGGCUAUUCUUCAGGAGAGCAUCCACCGCUUGGAGCUAGAAGAUUUACAGCGUCAGGUUGUAGAAGACAGCAGUGCUGAUUUGGAGUGUCAGUGCCUACAGAGGCUACAGCAGGAGGCCCAAGAUGCACGGGAAGCCAUUACCAAAUGCCUAGAGAGGCAGAGGCGACUACAGAAGAAAGAGAAACAACUGCAGGUAGCCCAGCUGAUGACCUCGCUCCUUCAGGAUCCUGAUAUGGACGUAUCUCACAGCUCACUGCCAGUGACUCGUGCACAACCAACCAAUUCCCAUGCUGGCUCCUCUCUUCAGCAACACUCCAUCUCUCAGCCUCAGUCUAGUCUCACACCUGCAUACGCAGGAGCAUCGGCACUGACUUCUUCUCAGUAUAACACCCAAGCAAUAGCUCCUUUGUCUCCAGAUUCUCCUGUUGCACUGCAGAGAAGGCUGCCGUUGCCAUCGCACUCAGCUCUCGUCUCUUCAGCAGGUCCUCUGCCUGGACAGAUGUGCAACCACUGCAGCAUCUCAUCCAGCUCCUAUCAUCCAUCCCCCUACUGAGCUACAUCCGAUGCUACAUCAGGCUUUCGUGGCUACACCUGGUAUCCAGACCCAGCUGUAUCACGCCACAGGUCCCACUACAGUAAAGGCUGAGACUUGGAACCCAUCUGCUUAUGCUGCAACACAACCAGUCCAACACAUGGGUUCCACGACAUCUCAUGGAGCUCCGAUCAUAGCGCCUAUUAUACCAGGGCCUUCACAUCAUCAGGUCUCAGAGAUGCAGUUUUCUUCACCUUACGGCAUGUCCCUGCCGAAGCUGCCGGUCUUUGAGCGUGACCGCGAAAGCGACUUUGCUCUACUCAAGAUGGCACUAGACAACAUGGUUGGAAGUCAUGGUCGCUUGUCUGAACAAUAUAAGUACCAGGUGCUUCUCAGUCACUUAAAGCUCCCCAGUGCUCUUCACCUGGCUAAAGCAUACAUGUAUGACCCUUGACCUUACUCUGCUGCACUGCAAGCUCUCCAAGACAAGUAUGGUCAACCCCGACAGCUUGUGCAAUCAGAGAUGGGAGCCAUUCUCAACUCACCUGCCAUCAAGUUUGGCGACUCCGAAGUCUUUGACUCUUUCGCCCUGUCCAUUCAAUCUCUGGUGGGUACGUUAGGGACCCUGGAGGGGCCAAAUGGAUACAAGUUGAGAUGUGGAUCCCAUGUUGACCGACUUCUGAGCAAAAUGCCUCCUUCAUAUAGGGAUGGAUUCAUCGAAUACUGUCUGAGCCGUGGCAUUCUUCAGACAGGGUCAGAUCUCACCUACACCCUGCCUGACCUGGCAGCUUGGAUUCAGAUGAAGUCACAAGCAAAGCGUCUCUCAAGCCGAGCUGCAGCGCUCUAUCAGUGUGAUGUACCCAGGCCAGUGAAGAAAGACCAACGUGUCACUCACCAGAAAGAGAAGACCACUACCAUCCUUCUUAACACCGGGGAAGUCCCUAAAACUCCAGAACCUGCUCACUUCAAGUCUACUUUCAAGUCCAAGCCAUAUUGUCCCUAUUGUGACAACAAGGAGCACUUCUUGAAUGCCUGUGACGAAUUCAAGAAGUUGUCCACCAGUCAAGUAGUGAAGUGGAUCAGAGAUGGGAAACGGUGUUGGAAGUGUGGCCGUAACCAUGAUGCCGAAGCAUGUAACCUCAAGCGUCCCUGUAAGACAUGUAAAGAACAGCAUCUUACUAUACUGCAUGACUCUGCACAUCAGAUGCAAACCAGCGUCCAAAUGGUGAAUACUCCACCCAUUCGAGUCUAUCUUGACCGUCCCAACCAACCACAACAGAUCAUGUUGAAGGUGGUCAAGGUCAUUCUAAGUAAUGGAGACCAAACCUUAGAGAUGUAUGCCGUGUUGGAUGAUGGCUUGGAACGCAGUAUCAUCCUCCCUCAAGCUGUGCACUACUUGAACCUUUCGAAGCAGCCUGAGACUCUCAACAUAUGGACAGUACAGCAGAGUGUCGAACAACUUCAUGGCAGCUCCGUCUCCUUUGAUGUUUCUCCACUGUGUACGCCAUCCCAGAAGUAUCGGAUUCACCGGGCUUUCACCGCUGAAGGCCUCAGCCUUGCCGAACAUUCUUACCCUGUGGCUGCACUACAGAAACGUUACAAGCACCUCCACGGUUUGCCAGUAUUGCCCAUCAACCAUGCCCAGCCACUGCUUUUAAUUGGUUCAGAUAUGCCGCACCUCCUAAUUCCGAUACAGCUCUAUUCCGCGCAACUGUAGAGGCCCUAGACCUCUGUUACAUUACACUUAUUGUGGACCUUUGCUGUGAUUAAUAAAAUAUUACAAUAUAAAAACA